AUGAACCACUCGCCACUCAAGACCGCUGAAUGCUUCCCCGACCGGGUUAACUCGACGCUGGCAAGCUUGCCGUCGGACCAAAAAGAUGAAGAACCAGCAUCGGGCAGGCAGCGCGUGCAGGAGCAGGUGAUGAUGACCGUCAAGCGGCAGAAGUCCAAGUCUUCCCAGUCGUCCACCCUGAGCCACUCCAACCGAGGUUCCAUGUAUGAUGGCUUGGCCGACAAUUACAACAACUAUGGGACCACCAGCCGGAGCAGCUACUAUUCCAAGUUCCAGGCGGGGAAUGGCUCAUGGGGUUAUCCGAUCUACAAUGGGACCCUCAAGCGGGAGAAUGACAACAGACGCUUCAGCUCCUACAGCCAGAUGGAGAACUGGGGCCGGCACUACCAACGGGGCAGCUGUAACGCAACGGGCGCCGGCAGCGACAUCUGCUUCAUGCAGAAAAUCAAGGCGAGCCGCAGCGAGCCCGACCUCUACUGUGACCCUCGGGGCACCCUGCGCAAGGGCACACUGAGCAACAAGGGCCAAAAGACCACCCAGAACCGCUAUAGCUUCUACAGCACCUGCAGUGGCCAGAAGGCGGUCAAGAAGUGCCCUGUGCGCCCGCCCUCCUGCACCUCCAAGCAGGACCCGGUGUACAUCCCGCCCAUCUCCUGCAACAAGGACCUGUCCUUUGGUCACUCGAGGGCCAGCUCCAAGAUCUGCAGUGAGGAUAUUGAGUGCAGUGGGCUGACCAUCCCCAAGGCCGUGCAGUACCUGAGCUCCCAGGAUGAGAAGUACCAGGCCAUCGGGGCCUAUUACAUCCAGCACACCUGCUUCCAGGAUGAAUCAGCCAAGCAGCAGGUCUAUCAGUUGGGAGGCAUCUGCAAGCUGGUGGACCUCCUCCGGAGCCCCAACCAGAACGUCCAGCAGGCUGCGGCUGGGGCCCUGCGUAACCUGGUGUUCCGGAGCAUCACCAACAAGCUGGAGACCCGGAGGCAGAAUGGGAUCCGAGAGGCUGUCAACCUCCUGAGGAGAACCGGGAGCACUGAGAUCCAGAAACAACUGACUGGGCUGCUCUGGAACCUGUCUUCCACUGAUGAGCUGAAGGUGGAACUCAUCGCCGAUGCCCUGCCUGUGCUGGCUGACCGGGUCAUCAUUCCCUUCUCCGGCUGGUGUGAUGGCAACAGCAACAUGACCCGGGAAAUAGUGGACCCUGAGGUCUUCUUCAAUGCCACAGGCUGCUUAAGGAACCUGAGCUCUGCCGAUGCAGGCCGCCAGACCAUGCGAAACUACACGGGGCUCAUUGAUUCCCUCAUGGCCUAUGUCCAGAACUGCGUGGCCGCCAGCCGCUGUGAUGACAAGUCUGUGGAGAACUGCAUGUGUAUCCUGCACAACCUCUCCUACCGCCUGGACGCCGAGGUGCCCACCCGCUACCGCCAGCUGGAGUAUAACGCCCGCAAUGCCUACACGGAGAAGUCCUCCACCGGCUGCUUCAGCAACAAGAGCGAUAAGAUGAUGAACAACAACUACGACUGCCCCCUUCCGGAGGAAGAGACCAAUCCCAAGGGCAGCAGCUGGUUGUACCACUCGGAUGCUAUCCGCACCUACCUGAACCUCAUGGGCAAGAGCAAGAAAGAUGCCACCUUGGAGGCCUGUGCUGGUGCCCUGCAGAACUUGACCGCCAGCAAGGGGCUGAUGUCCAGUGGUAUGAGCCAGUUGAUUGGGCUCAAGGAAAAGGGCUUGCCCCAGAUUGCUCGCCUCCUGCAAUCUGGCAACUCUGAUGUGGUGCGGUCCGGAGCCUCCCUCCUGAGCAACAUGUCCCGCCACCCUGUGCUGCACAGAGUGAUGGGGAACCAAGUAUUCCCAGAGGUGACCAGGCUCCUCACCAGUCACACUGGGAACACCAGCAACUCGGAAGACAUCCUGUCUUCAGCCUGCUACACUGUGAGGAACCUGAUGGCCUCCCAGCCGCAGAUGGCCAAGCAGUACUUCUCCAGCAGCAUGGUCAACAACAUCAUCAACCUGUGCCGCAGCAGCACCUCGCCCAAGGCCGCAGAAGCUGCCCGCCUCCUCCUGUCUGACAUGUGGUCCAGCAAGGAGCUGCAGGGUGUCCUCAGACAGCAAGGUUUGGAUAGGAACAUGCUGGGAUCCUUAACUGGGCCAAACAGCUUCAGGAACUUCACCUCCCGAUUCUAA